CACGUUUCAUUUUCUGGCGUCUCUCAAGUCUCAAAGCGAGCAGCGAAAGUUGAAUUACAAAGCUUUGUCUGCUCUUUAUAACUUCUAGUUAUCAAUAAUGUGAAGUGUAAAUCAUUGUAGUUUAAGUUAUGUUGCUUUCAACCUUGGUGAUUUUGCGGAGUUGAACUUUUGGUGAAUAAAUUAAUAAAACGACGAAAUAAUGGCGUGCAGUAUAAAAUACGAGGUUGGGUAUGAAGACAAUCGCUUCGAGAUUGUUGUCAGUCAAAGAUUUCACUGCCCCAUUUGUUUGCUGGUUCUUAAAGAUCCCGUUAUGUGCAAGAACGAACACUACUAUUGUUCUUCAUGUAUGAAAAAGCAUUUGGAAAACUCCUCAUUUUGUCCGACGUGCCUUGAACACCUCAGUGUUGACACACUGAGGCCAGCAUCGAGGAUUGUCAAUGAUUAUAUAUCUGAGCUGAAUAUUCAUUGUGAUUUCUACACCAGAGGAUGCCCUGAAAUGGUUCAAGUUGAAAAUCUCAAACGUCACGUUGCAAGUUGUGGAUUCUCUCCCGUGCAAUGUUCGAAUGAUGGAUGUAAUGUUCUUGUGAAUGCCAGUGACAAGCUUCACCAUGAAACUGAAGUAUGUGAUUUUAGGAAAAUGAAAUGUUAUGAUUUUGAUCAAAUCAAGAAUGAAGCGAAAGAAAUGAAAGAUGAAAUGCUGGCUCGUCAAGAUGACAUGCAACAUGAAAUGAAAGGAAUUAAAGAGGAAAUGAAAGGUGAAAUAAAGAAUAAAGUGAAAGAGGGAAUGAAAGAAAUUAUGGAAAAUGAAAUGAAAGGGCUGGUUGAAAAUGAAAUGAAGGAAAUGAGAAACCGAAUCAGAAAUGAAAUGAGAGAUAUGAAAAUAGAAAUAAAGAAUGAAAUGAAAGGAAUGAUUGAAAAUGAAAUUAAAGGAAUGAAAGAGGAAAUGAAAGAAAUAGUUACAAAUGCAGUGCGAGAUGCAAUGGCGGGAAUAAAAAAUCCCAAUAUUGAAAUGAAAAAUUCAAUACAAGGCCCACAAGCAUUAUGUUCUUCACAUGGUGCAAUCACACCUUUCAGCGGUAUUGGAAACCAGUCGGCAACGCCUACUCCAUUCAAUUUCAGUGUAACCUCAGGUGCUCACAGCCAUCUAUUCAAUGUCGGUCAAACAACUGAGCAACCUAGUCUGUUCAACAUGGGAGCUACAACUACAACACCUAGAGUCUACAGAAAAGCCGUAAGACGCCCCCGAUGGUAAGUCAUUGUCGAUCGGUACCUGACAAUAAAUGACUGACCAAACUGGAUUCUGCAGGUUUUGAAGGUCGUACCUGUUGUUGUUUUUUUUUUGCAUGAAGACCGAAUGGUAGUCACUGGAGGUUUUGAUGAGUGCAAAAAUGAACACAAUAAAGUGUUUGAAUGUUGCAGAUCCAGCAACCGGACAUGGAAAAAUUUUGCUGUCAAUGUUUUUGUCACAUGCUACUAGCAUAAAGUUGUCAACCAUGAUUGGCUGUUUAUUUUUGGAUCUGGGUGGUUUAAUGGUGAUACUGACAAGAGACUGUCCAAAUAUUCAUGCAACCAGAAAAUUUCUUUUCCCCCAUCACUUUUCUAAUGAUCCAUCACUUCGAUAACGACCAUUGUUCAUCCACCAUAACCAGGCCACCAUAUUUUUGCUAUUAUUGUGUAUGCACCUCCUCACAAUUUUUUGACAGCCAUUACUGUGUUCAAAGAUCAGUAUACUAUAGUGUAUAUAGAGAAUAAUACAUGGGUGUGCGGAAAUACCAGAUUUAUUUCGAGUGUUGAACACGAUAUCUCAAGAGUGAGCGCAGUGGACAAGUGAGAUAUCAUGUUCAACACAAGAAAUAAAUCGGGAAUUUCCAAGCAUCCAUGUAUUUUUCUGUUUAUUAUAUAAAGGACAGUCUUUGAAAAGUGAUAAUUUUUACAGAAAAGCGAUAAUUAAUUGAAAAGCGAUAAUUUUUGUAUCAUAAAUAAUCACACAUGUGAGAUUAUCAGUUCUAUCAGUGGUUGAAAUCUCUAUAAAGCACUAUACAUUUUAUAGUAAAUAUUAUUAUUACAACAUUUAUAACAAUUGUUGUUUAGGGACGGACCAUUAGAAAAGUGAUGGGGGAGGGGUGGGAGCCGUGGGACAUUUCCAACCCAACAACCAAAAUUUUUUCGGACUAACAUCAGAUACAAAAAAUUUUUCCCUCACAAAUUCUAGUUAAAAUAUGCUUAAAACCUUUUUUUGCACCAAUAUCUUCAAUAUUUAGGUUUAGAAACAUUCUCACACCAUUACUUCUAUCAAAAAAGUUUUAUUUUCCAAAUUUGGGGGCCACCCUUACACAACUUAUAAUUUUCCCUAUUGAAAAGUCUCUGCACGAAUUUUUUUAAAACUUUUCGUGCUCGAAUUUUUUUUUCUGUUCCCCCUGCUUUAUUUUUGCUUUUGCCCCAUCACUUUUCUAAUGGUUUGCCCCUUACUAAUAUUUGCAUUGUGUUCUGUUUGUAAGACAUUAAAUGUUUGUCUCAAAUUUCUGUCCUUGACUAUUCCUUGAAAUGUCCUUAUGACCUUUUUUUCAUUCGGAGCAGGUACGAAUCUUGGUUAAAUUGCCUAUUAUCCAAAGUGGAUUAUUUUUAGCAUCAAGUGGGCAGGAUGUCACUAGUCUCACUAUAGUGAACUGGUAAAAUAUUUGUUGAAGUUUAAGCGAUGUCAUGACUGCAUGAUGCUAAUAUUGACGUCACAAAACACGUCUUAAAUGACAUUCUAAAUUUGGCAAAAAUUUAUGAUAUGUGUAUGUAAGUCUGAAUUUACUUUUCAGCUGUGGACAGUAUAGUUGGUUUGUGUUUUAUAGCCACAUCAAAUACACUUAAAAUUCUUCAUGGUACGUCAUCUGAUUAACACACUCUCAUUGAAGUCAAAAACCCACUCAGGCAGGAAUUCGUUAUUGAACUUAGGAAACGUUUUUGCAAUUUCGUUUAUUUCUCUUAGAAUAGACCAGCUUUGAAACUUUUUGUAUAAUGGAGGAUAGGCUCGUCAAAUCGCGACAAAAAUAUUUAUUCUCUUAUAACUUGGAUAAAACUCUGGUAAACUUGAAAAAAUAUUUGAAAAACUGUGUUCUCAAUUUAAUCAAAAACCCUGGUUUAGAAAAAGCUCAACAAUCUCAUUAUUAAAUUCCACCUUAUUUUCACUAGCCUUUGUUAAAAACAUCCAUAAGAAAAAUCUAAAAUUUCGAUCAAAGGCCGGCUGCUCGCCUCGAGACAUACAGCAUGUUGUCAGGUUCAAGGUUAAAAUGCGGAUCCGUUCCGCAUUUUAACCCCAUAUCCGUUCCGCAUUUUAACCCCAUCCGUUUCGUUCCGCAUUGUAACCCCAUAACUGCUCGAAAUUAGAAAAAUUUCUUUCCUGUUUAGAAAAACGUUCGCAGUGACCAGCAAGUAACUGCCGUUAGAAAGAACAAAAUAUAAGAAAUUGAUCAAAAUUGUCUCAUUUACUCAUUGAGCCUGCUAUUUCCUGCACUUUAGAAGAAGAUUUACAGAGUUCUAAAGGUAACAAAAUGUCAUAAAAUAUCUGAAAUUUCUCUGUCUACAUGCGUAACUGAAAUAAUAUCAAUUAAC